GUCACCGAAAGGAGGAAGUGAUCCUCCCACUGUUCUCUGUAGAGGUAUGAGGCAGCCACCAUUUAGCUUUCAUAUAUUUUUUAAAACUACAAAGAAGUAAGCGGUGGAGCAGUUAAACUCGGAGCUGAGUCGUAUUGUCAGGUGCAAUGGUUACACCAGCAAAGAAGAGCAAAACCACAGAAGAACCUGAUGUGAUUAAAGGGAUGGACAAGGUGAAAGCUCUGAAGUAUUUCCCUCUGUACGGCGCCAUCAAUGGGACCCCUGCAGGAGACACCUGCCCCACAUGUCGCGGCACCGGGAGGAUUCCCAGAGGCCAUGAAGACCAGCUAGUGGCUGUAAUACCCUGUAAUGAUGUGAGGCUGAAACCAAGGCGCACGAAGCUGUACGUGUGCGUGUCGAUGGUCUUGUGUCUCCUCGUUUGCACACUCAUCCUCUUCUUCCUCUUCCCCCGGAGUGUCACUCUGACGCCUGUGUCCGUGCUGUCAGUAAUGGUGUACUUCACACCAGACACUGUGAAAAUGGAGGUCACAAAUCUUGUCAACAUCUCCAACCAGAACUAUGUCCCAGUGAAGAUUGUGGAGUUUAACGUUCAGGGUCUUAUCUCUAAUGCAAUUGUGGGUAAAGCCAAGAUUUCUAACAUGACUGACAUCCAGGCCCGCUCACAAAAUUCGUACACCAUUCAAAUUGACCUGUCUAUUGCUGAUGAAGGCUUGAACACUUACUGCAAGUCGAGCUCUUUCAAGAUUCACUCGUUAUUUCUGAUGCUGCAAAUGACACUGAAUAUUUCCUAUCUCUCUCACAUGGAGCAGCUGUCUCUGGACACCUAUGAGUAUAUUGACUGUGGCACCAACUCAACAACCCCUCAUCCUGUGAGAUGAUGAGACCAAAUGGAAACCACCAAUGUGGGAGUGUGAAAUAAUGAAUAUUGCUACAUUGCACCUUUUUUCUCUUCUUCGGGGAUGUGACUUUGUGAAGAUAACUACUGUGAAAAUGCAUCUCAUCCAGUGAUUCAGGAAACCACCAAUGAAAACAGUCCUGCAUUCAACAUUUUACUUGAGUAGAGAUCAAGUAUUAGCAGCAACGUGUACUUAAAUUCCUCUAGCAAACAGUGAGAAAAAUGUGCUUGGUUACAUUCAAACACGUAUCUAAUUAUGUAUGUUGUUUUAGCAUGCCUUAAUAAGAUUUCAAUCAUUCACUUCAAUAGAAAAAUAUUGAUGCUUAAAAUACACUUCUGUACAACUUAAAACAAUUAUUUUUCUAUUAUAUGUUCUAUAAGUGGUGUCCUACAUUUGUGUAAAAGCACAAUUUCCUGUGACAAAUGUGGAUUUUGUAUGACGAUGUGUUUGUUUCUUAACUGAUUCACAAUGUUUAUGGAAACGAUGCCAUAUUUGUUAUGAUGCUCACCUAUGAUAAUCGUGACUUAUGUAAUUUGCACUGCAUUAAACUUUGGCAUUUAA